AUGUCUCAAAGUACACGGUCGGACCACUCGCUGUCCCAAGGACAGACGCCAGACCAAAGCGCUGAGGCUGCGUUUCAGCAGGUCACGACGGAGCGCAACUCUCUGCGGUCCCAGAACGACCAGCUCUGGAAGAUUAUCGAGAAGCAGCGUAUCAUCAUCCAGAAUCUGCAAAAGGAUAUCGCCAAAGUCACCGCCGAACGCGAUCUUCUUCGACACCUCGCCGCCGAAAACGAAAAUUUCAAGAACAACGGAAUUCACCUCACGACUCUUGCCCAGGUCAAUGACCACCAGCAGCAAUCAAAACGCGCUCUGGGAAAAAAGGCGCAUGAAAACGACUCCACAUCAUCUGCUGCUUCAGAGCCCACGACAGAUGCCAAUGAAGGCAAGGACACCAAGCUGGCCUCGGUGUCCUCUUCCUCAUCAGCGUCAGCCGCAGACUCGCGUCCGUCUCAGCAGGAGCAGCCCUCUCUUCAUUACCAAAAGUCCGGACAAGAUGUGCACACAUCCAAAGCGACCCAGCAGACACCAGCCGUUCCAUUGUCACCUUCUUCGAAUUGUGACGGCGACUCCAACUACGACGAUGGAAAGGAUAGUCAGACGGAAGAGGGUAGUCCUUCCAUCUCGCAGGAGGACGAGGUGGGAUCUCAGUCGAGUUUUGACCCUGAAAUCCAGGUCGCCACUGUUGGCAGUCGUGUCCAGCAGCAAGCACCCUCAACUUCACCCACUGUUACUCUCGAGCGAGAUGGGCGCGCAAUCCCUGCGCGUUCUAAUUCUGUGCCAUCUCAGACAGGGCAAAUUCCAUCUCCAACGGUUUCGGGGAGCCCAACCACUGCUCGAAAUAUUUCAGGCAAUUUGUCCCUUGGGCCCCUUGCAUCGAACAUGCCACUUCCGCCGCCCCGAUCACCCAGAAGAGAGCGCAGAGAUGUUGGUGACAACGCCUCCUCGCCUCCAGCAUCGGACAACGAGGAUGAAACCUAUCAAGCAUCGCAGGGACAGCGCAGAAAGGGUCCAGCCGCCAAGUACGCCGCGGAACAGCCCUCGCCUCUUUCACAAGGGGCCAUGCAGCCAGGAUUGCAGGAGCAGGACUCGCAAGUUAUGUCGGCCUCCAAGAUCUCGAUGCGCUCGACCAAUACAUACGAACCGUCAGCCGAUUAUGACCCAGCGCAGCCACCCAAAUCCCCUUACUAUUCUACAGCUACUCGCAAAACAAUCUCAGCGCAGAUCCCGACCAUUCCAACAGCAAUGAUCUCUCAGGCACAGGGAGCACAGGACUCAAGCAGCCCAGUUCUUUCAAUGGGCAUGAACACAUCAUCAACCCCCGCUUCCCCGAUUGCUGCCAUCAUUGACCAAGAUGCCGAAAAGUUUAGAGUAUACAUGAGCAAAUUGGGCAACCCCAAUCGCAGAAAUGUUUCCGCUCCUAUUAGCAUUGGAGGCGAUUCACAAGGUCACGCAGCUGCAUUGGGCCAGGCUGUUGCCAUGGAGACCAUUCAGAACCAGAUUGAGAUCCAGAGCCAGCUCUUGGGACAGCUGCAAGGUCAUAGCGGAAGAGUGGUCAUGAAUCCUGUGCAUGGAGGAGUCAAUCGCUCCAAUGUUUCUGCUCCCAUCAACAUCCAUGAACCACAAGCGCCAACCAGUGAUAGCAUUGACUUCGGUCGCGUGUCCACCGACGGCUAUGAGCACAGCUCGCUUGCGGAUACCAUGGAGAACAACAGCAGUCAGCUUUCGCUCCCAUCUGACCUGCGAAGCAAAAAGCGUGAGUCCACGCUGCAAACAUUCGAUGAUUAUCCAAAGAUUACCAUACGGACGACAUCCCGUGAGCGAGAUGACGAUGAUUCGACCAGCGGACAUGGGGCACCCAUUCCUCCCAAACGAUACGACUCUCAGCAGUAUACCGAUCCAUCGCAGAACAGCGAUAUCAGCCGAGGUCGUGUAGCUUCACCCACACCAUCAGCCAAUUCAUCCCUAACGAACACCCUCACAAAUGUGCCAUCACCAACGAGUCACUCUCGUUCUGUACCAACAAUUCACCAACAGGCAUUCAGCAUGUUUGCAGACAGUCUGGAGUUUGUAUCGGUUCUUGUCGUAGGCAGCAGUAUCAGUACGAACGACAAAGGGCGAGAGCAGCUGACCUUCUUAAUAUCCCUCGGCCAAGAAGUUCAAGGGGAGGAUGAAGACAAGAUGUUUCCGCACAAAGAAGAGGACGAGCUUUGGCGAGUGGAGAAACAAUACGCUGAUUUUGUAAACUUGGACUCCAAGCUUCGGAUCACUCAAACGAGAAACAUUGUUAACUCGCUGCCAAAGCUGCCCGACAAGAGUCUUUUCAGCACCCAUGCGCCGUCCAAGGUGGACGCACGCAAGGUGGCGCUCGAGCAGUAUUUGCAGCAACUAACAUCUCUCCGCAUCAAGGACACACGUGAUCUUUGCGAGUUCCUCAGCACCAAUGUGGUUGAGCGCGAAAAGCGACAUGAGGGCAAGGGUCCUGGCUGGAAGGAGGGCUACCUUACCAAGCGUGGCAAAAACUUUGGUGGAUGGAAGACCCGGUACUUUAUGCUCCGCGGACCCGUCUUGGAGUAUUUUGAUAGUCAGAAGGAUGGCCAUCACCUGGGAUCUAUUGCUUUAAUCAAUGCCCAGAUCGGUCGCCAGCAAUCACAGGACAAGUCUCAGGAUGGUUCUGGAGACGCCAAUAAGGAUGGUGUGGUGGAUCCCAACUCUUAUAGACACGCUUUCCUCAUUUUGGAGCCUAAAAAGGGACAGACCGUGAUGGAUGCCAAGAAGAAUCCUAACAGCGUUAUCCGCCAUGUCCUCUGCGCAGAGACUGAUCAGGAACGAGACGGCUGGAUUGACGCAUUAAUGCUCUAUGUGGGCAAGGACCCCGCGGAAACCCCUGAGGCAAGUGAACGAGAGAAGUCUAGUCGGAAGAUACCAGAAAUCCAGAAGCUGGGCGCCACACCCAUCAAAGACCUGCAAUCUGUGAAGGGCAACGAAAAAUUGUUGCUGAACCAAGAGGCAUACGAGAGGCAGCAGCGCUCGAUCCCCACGUCUCAGUCAAAUCCCCAAUUGCUCAGUCAAGGCCGAAGCGGAGGCAUGCCCCAGUCGCCGACGAUGCAGGUCGCCAACCUGGACGAAUGGCAUUCUGCAGAACGACAAUCGAAUGAGGGCCCAUACUCGCCCAGCGGAAAAGGCAAUAACCCUCCGCCACAACUCCCGAGGAACCCAUCUUCUCAAUCUCUCCCACAAGAAGAUACAAAUUAUCGUCCCUCGCCAGAUAGCCAGGUAGCGUCGCCAUUGCUGGCGACCGACACAGCAGAGAAGAAGCAAAAGUCGAGGAUGACAUUCUGGCCGAAGAAGGCAGUGAAAGAAGAGCCCCCACAGGUACCUUCCGCCGUCGGUCAGCAAGGCGCUCAACAAUCUUCAGGGUCUCCACCACUACCACAAGAUUCAUCAAGACUGGGAAAUUUUCUCCGCAAGGGUAAUAGCGGUGGAGGUACCAAUAAUAACAGUAACUCAAACAUGCCAUCGCUGGCCCAAGCUGCAGGAGCAGGUUCUCCAGCCCCUCUAGCGCCGGCCCGCCAGGUCUUUGGAGUCAGUCUUGAACAGGCGAUUGAGCAAGCACAGGUACAGCAAGGACACGAACUCCCAGCGGUGGUUUACCGUUGCAUUGAGUACUUGAACGCGCACAAGGCCAAAUUCGAGGAGGGCAUCUAUCGUCUGAAUGGAUCAGCUGCUAUGAUCAAGAGUCUCAAGGAACGCUUUAACCAGGAAGGCGAUGUGCCUCUAUUACAGGAAGAUGAAUAUUAUGACAUUCAUGCCGUCGCUGGAUUGCUGAAGCUGUUCCUUCGAGACUUGCCUUCGUCUGUGCUGACACGGGAACUGCACAAGGACUUUCUUCAGGUCAUUGAAUUGGCAAAUCGAGCGGAUCGUGUGGACGAACUGACGCGCCUGGUGGCCACCCUUCCUGAGGCCAAUUACACACUCUUGCGCGCGCUGACUGCGCAUCUUAUCGAGAUUGUCGAUAAUGCGGACGUGAACAAGAUGACUGCACGGAACGUCGGGAUCGUGUUUUCACCGACACUGGGCAUUCCUGCAGGCGUGUUUGCGCUACUGAUGUCGGACUUUGACCAGAUCUUCCAUACGGAUGAUGGACGAAUCAUGCCCUUGGAGAACAGUGAUCAGCAGGAGCUUAUCCAACAACAACAGCACGACCAACAACAACAGCAGCAAAUUGCAGGGGCACCUGCACCUGUAGAAACAGGCAUGGAUCCGACCUCUGAGGAGCUCUCAAUCGCCAACGUCAAGUUCACGACGUUCGACUUAGGUGGACAUCAACAAGAUUACUUUGCCGAGGCCAACGGCAUUGUCUUUUUGAUCGAUACCCAGGAUCAAGCGCACUUCGCAGAGUCUAAAGCUGAGUUGGAUGCCCUCCUCGCCAUUCAGCAGUUGGAGCGCAUCCCGUUUUCGAUUCUUGGAAACAAGAUCGAUGCCCCUGGCGCAGUCUCUGAGGAGGAGCUCCGCUCUCAACUCGGAUUGAUUCAGACCACUGGCAAGGGCAAGGUCCCACUGAAGGACAUGCGCCCCAUUGAAGUCGUUAUGUGCUCGGUCGUCAUGAAGCAGGGAUACGGCGAUGGUUUCCUCUGGAUGUCCCAGUACAUCUAA